CCUACCUUCCCGCCGCUCCAGAGGGGGCUCGCAGAGCGGAGGACGCGGUUGGCGCUGCUCAAGGUCUCUCUCUCUCCGCACCCUCGCUGGCCGGCAUCUGACCCGGGUGCCAGAGGGCACUGGGGGCCUUUCAGGGUCCCUUCCCUCGGCCGGCCGAGACUCUGCAAGCCAGACGCUGCCGCUGCCGCUGCCGCUGCGGCCACAGCCCGAGGGGACCUGCGGACAGGACGCCGGCAGCAGGAGGGGUGCGCAGCGCCCGCGCAGAGCGUCUGCCCCGCGGCGCCGCGAGACCCGGGCCUUCCGGCCCCAGGAGCCCCCGCUGCCCUGCCAGGUGUAUGGGACUGAAGUUCUCGGAGAAGGGAGCCCAACUCUUCAAGGUGAACUAUGACCACUUUACUCUUGGUGUUUGUGACUCUGAGGGUCAUCGCUGCAGCCAUCUCAGUAGAAGUUUCUGAGCCUGACAACUCGCUGAGUGUCAGCAUCCCCCAACCGUCCCCGCUGCGGGUCCUCCUGGGGGGCUCCCUCACCAUCCCCUGCUACUUCAUCGACCCCAUGCACCCCGUGACCACCGCCCCCUCCACCGCCCCCCUCGCCCCGAGAAUCAAGUGGAGCCGCGUUUCCAAGGAGAAGGAGGUGGUGCUCCUGGUGGCCACGGAAGGGCAGGUGCGUGUCAACAGUGCCUACCAGGACAGGGUCACGCUGCCCAACUACCCGGCCAUCCCCAGCGACGCCACCCUGGAAAUCCAGAACCUGCGCUCCAAUGACUCUGGGAUCUAUCGCUGCGAGGUGAUGCACGGCAUCGAGGACAGCGAGGCCACCCUGGAGGUCGUGGUCAAAGGCAUCGUGUUCCAUUACAGAGCCAUCUCUACACGCUACACCCUGGACUUCGACAGGGCACAGAGGGCCUGCCUGCAGAAUAGCGCCAUCAUCGCCACACCAGAGCAGCUGCAGGCCGCCUAUGAGGACGGCUUCCACCAGUGUGACGCCGGCUGGCUGGCCGACCAGACUGUCAGGUACCCCAUCCACACUCCAAGGGAAGGUUGCUACGGGGACAAGGAUGAAUUUCCUGGCGUGAGAACCUACGGCAUCCGUGACACCAAUGAGACCUACGACGUGUACUGCUUCGCCGAGGAGAUGGAGGGUGAGGUCUUUUACGCAACAUCCCCGGAGAAGUUCACCUUCCAGGAGGCAGCCAACGAGUGCCGGCGGCUGGGCGCCCGGCUGGCCACCACGGGCCAGCUCUACCUGGCCUGGCAGGGCGGCAUGGACAUGUGCAGCGCCGGCUGGCUGGCUGACCGCAGCGUGCGCUACCCCAUCUCCAAGGCCCGGCCCAACUGCGGGGGCAACCUCCUGGGCGUGAGGACCGUCUACCUGCACGCCAACCAGACGGGCUACCCAGAUCCUUCAUCCCGCUACGACGCCAUCUGCUACACAGGUGAAGACUUUGUGGACAUCCCCGAGAACUUCUUCGGGGUGGGUGGUGAAGAGGACAUCACCAUCCAGACAGUGACCUGGCCUGACGUGGAGCUGCCCCUGCCCCGAAACAUCACCGAGGGUGAAGCCCGAGGCACCGUGAUCCUCACGGUGAAACCCGUCUUCGAAUUCUCCCCCACUGCCCCCGAGCCUGAGGAGCCCUUUACAUUUGCCCCUGGCACAGGGGCCACUGCCUUCCCUGAGGCCGAGAACAGGACCGGUGAGGCCACCAGACCCUGGGCUUUUCCCGAGGAGUCCACACCAGGCCUGGGGGCCCCAACGGCCUUCACCAGCGAGGACCUCGUCGUGCAGGUGACCAUGGCCCCUGGUGCGACUGAGUUCCCUGGGCAGCCACGACUUCCAGGAGGGGUUGUGUUCCAUUACCGCCCGGGCUCCUCCCGCUACUCACUGACUUUCGAGGAGGCACAGCAGGCCUGCCUGCGCACUGGGGCUGUCAUCGCCUCGCCUGAGCAACUCCAGGCCGCCUAUGAAGCAGGCUACGAGCAGUGUGACGCCGGCUGGCUGCAGGACCAGACUGUCAGAUACCCCAUUGUGAGCCCCCGGACUCCGUGUGUGGGUGACAAGGACAGCACCCCUGGGGUCAGGACCUACGGCGUGCGGCCACCAUCAGAAACCUAUGAUGUCUACUGCUACGUGGACAGACUCGAGGGGGAAGUGUUCUUUGCCACACGCCUGGAGCAGUUCACCUUCCGGGAAGCCCAGGAGUUCUGUGAAUCCCAGAAUGCCACACUGGCCUCCACGGGCCAGCUCUACGCUGCCUGGAGCCGCGGCCUGGACAAGUGCUACGCCGGCUGGCUGGCUGACGGCAGCCUCCGCUACCCCAUUGUCACCCCAAGGCCAGCCUGCGGUGGGGACAAGCCGGGCGUGAGAACUGUCUACCUCUACCCCAACCAGACGGGCCUCCUGGACCCACUGUCCCGGCACCACGCCUUCUGCUUCCGAGGUGUCUCGGCGGUGGCGCCCUCUCCAGGAGAAGAGGAGGGUGGCACGCCCACCUCUCUCCCAGACCUAGAGGAACGGAUCGCUACCCAAGUGGGGCCCGGGGUGGCUGCUGUCCCUGUGGGCGAGGAGACGACAGAAGUCGCAGCCUUCACCACUGAGCCAGAAAACCGGACAGAAUGGGAAUUCGUCUACACCCCAGUGGGCACUUCCCCACUGCCAGGGAUCCCUCCUACGUGGCCUCCCACUAGUGCAGCAACAGAGGAGGGCACAGAAGGCCCUUCUGCAACAGAAGCACCCUCAACCUCAGAGGAGCCGUUCCCCUCAGAGAAGCCGUUCCCCUCAGAGGAGCCAUUCCCCUCAGAGGAGCCGUUCCCCUCAGAGAAGCCAUCAGCUUCAGAGGAGCCAUUCCCCUCAGAGCAGCCAUCUACCCUUUCAGCCCCAGUGCCCAGCAGGACUGAGCUGCCAGGUUCUGGGGAAGUAUCCGGGGCACCUGAAGUCAGUGGUGACUUCACAGGCAGUGGAGAAGUUUCAGGACACCUAGACUACAGUGGGCAGCCCUCAGGGGAAAUUGCAAGUGGACUGCCCUCUGAAGACCUUGAUUCCAGUGGGCUCACCUCUGCAGUGGGCUCAGGCCUGCCUGUGGAAAGCGGACUGGCUUCAGGGGAUGAAGAUAAAAUUACGUGGUCCAGCACUUCUAAAGUUGACAGAUUGCCCUCUGGAGGUGAGGGCCCAGAGGGCUCUGUUUCUGGAGUAGAGGAUCUCAGUGGACUUCCUUCUGGGGAAGGUCCAGAAAUUUCUGCCUCCGGAGUAGAGGACCUCAGCAGACUUCCUUCUGGGGAAGGUCCAGAAAUUUCUGCCUCCGGAGUAGAGGACCUCAGCAGACUUCCUUCUGGAGAAGGUCCAGAAAUUUCUGCCUCUGGAAUAGAGGACAUUAGCCAGCUUCCUUCUGGGGAAGGUCCAGAAAUUUCUGCCUCUGGAAUAGAGGACCUCAGCCGACUUCCUUCUGGAGAAGGUCCAGAAAUUUCUGCCUCCGGAGUAGAGGACCUCAGCAGACUUCCUUCUGGAGAAGGUCCAGAAAUUUCUGCCUCUGGAGUAGAGGACAUUAGCCAACUUCCUUCUGGAGAAGGUCCAGAAAUUUCUGCCUCCGGAGUAGAGGACCUCAGCAGACUUCCUUCUGGGGAAGGUCCAGAAAUUUCUGCCUCUGGAGUAGAGGACAUUAGCCAACUUCCUUCUGGAGAAGGUCCAGAAAUUUCUGCCUCCGGAGUAGAGGACCUCAGCAGACUUCCUUCUGGGGAAGGUCCAGAAAUUUCUGCCUCCGGAGUAGAGGACCUCAGCAGACUUCCUUCUGGGGAAGGUCCAGAAAUUUCUGCCUCUGGAGUAGAGGACAUUAGCCAACUUCCUUCUGGAGAAGGUCCAGAAAUUUCUGCCUCCGGAGUAGAGGACCUCAGCAGACUUCCUUCUGGGGAAGGUCCAGAAAUUUCUGCCUCUGGAGUAGAGGACAUUAGCCAGCUUCCUUCUGGGGAAGGUCCAGAAAUUUCUGUCUCCGGAGUAGAGGACCUCAGCAGACUUCCUUCUGGGGAAGGUCCAGAAAUUUCUGCCUCCGGAGUAGAGGACCUCAGCAGACUUCCUUCUGGGGAAGGUCCAGAAAUUUCUGCCUCCGGAGUAGAGGACAUUAGCCAGCUUCCUUCUGGGGAAGGUCCAGAAAUUUCUGCGUCUGGAGUAGAGGACCUCAGCAGACUUCCUUCUGGAGAAGGUCCAGAAAUUUCUGCCUCCGGAGUAGAGGACCUCAGCAGACUUCCUUCGGGAGAAGGUCCAGACAUUUCUGCCUCCGGAGUAGAGGACCUCAGCAGACUUCCCUCUGGGGAAGGUCCAGAAAUUUCUGCCUCUGGAAUAGAGGACCUCAGCCGACUUCCUUCUGGAGAAGGUCCAGAAAUUUCUGCCUCCGGAGUAGAGGACCUCAGCAGACUUCCUUCUGGAGAAGGUCCAGAAAUUUCUGCCUCUGGAGUAGAGGACAUUAGCCAACUUCCUUCUGGAGAAGGUCCAGAAAUUUCUGCCUCCGGAGUAGAGGACCUCAGCAGACUUCCUUCUGGGGAAGGUCCAGAAAUUUCUGCCUCUGGAGUAGAGGACAUUAGCCAACUUCCUUCUGGAGAAGGUCCAGAAAUUUCUGCCUCCGGAGUAGAGGACCUCAGCAGACUUCCUUCUGGGGAAGGUCCAGAAAUUUCUGCCUCCGGAGUAGAGGACAUUAGCCAGCUUCCUUCUGGGGAAGGUCCAGAAAUUUCUGCCUCCGGAGUAGAGGACCUCAGCAGACUUCCUUCUGGAGGAGAGGGUCAUCUAGAGACCUCUGCCUCUGGAGUGGAGGACCUCAGUGGAAUUCCUUCUGGAGGUGAGGAUCAUCUAGAGAGCUCUGCUUCUGGAGUAGGGGACCUUAGUGGACUUCCUUCUGGAAGGGAAGGUCUGGAGAUCUAUGCUUCUGGAGCUGAGGAUCUCAGUGGUUUGACUUCUGGGAAAGAAGACUUGGCUGGGUCAGCUUCUGGGGACUUGGAUGUUGGCAGGAUGCCUUCUGGAACACUAGAAAGUGGGCAAGCUCCAGAAGUAAGUGGCCUUCCUUCUGGAUUUAGUGGUGAAUAUUCUGGGGUGGACCUUGGAAGUGGCCCAUCCUCUGGCCUUCCUGACUUUAGUGAACUUCCAUCUGGGUUCCCAACUGUCUCCCUCGUGGAUACUACAUUGGUGGAGAUGGUCACCGCCACCACUGCAAGUGAACUAGAAGGAAGAGGAACCAUUGGUGUCAGUGGCGCUGGAGAAACAUUUGGGCUUCCCUUCAGUGAGUUGGACAUUAGCGGGGGAGCAAGCGGGCACCCUUCAGGAGCAGAACUCAGUGGCCAGGCAUCUGGGUCUCCUGACAUCAGUGGGGAAACAUCUGGACUCUUUGACGUCAGUGGACAGCCAUCAGGGUUUCCUGACAUCAGCGGGGGAACGUCUGGGCUUUUUGAGGUCAGUGGGCAGCCGUCAGGAUUUUCUGGGGCAACAUCUGGUGUGACCGAGCUUAGUGGACUGUCCUCCGGACAACCAGACAUCAGUGGGGAUGCUUCAGGAGUUCUUUCUGGCGUUGGCCAACCAUUUGGCCUCACCGACGUGAGUGGAGAGACAUCCGGGGUCCCUGAUCUCAGUGGGCAGCCAUCGGGGUGGCCAGGGUUCAGUGGAAUGCCAUCCGGAACCCCUGACCUAGUUUCGAGUGCCACGAGUGGCAGUGGGGAAUCUUCUGGCAUUACAUUCGUGGACACCAGUUUGGUUGAAGUGACCCCAACGACCCGGAAAGAAGAAGAAGGUUUAGGGUCCGUGGAACUCAGCGGCCUCCCCUCGGGAGAGGCAGAUCUCUCAGGCGCAUCUGGGGUAGUGGAUGUCAGUGGACUCGCUUCUGGAGCCACUGACUCCAGCGGGUUUACAUCUCAGCCUCCAGAAUUCAGUGGCCUCCCGAGUGGAGUAACGGAGGUCAGUGGAGAAUCCUCUGGUGUUGAAAUUGGGAGCAGCCUGCCCUCCGGAGCCUAUGACGGCAGCGGACUUCCCCUCAGUGCUCCCACUGUCUAUCUUGUGGAUAGAACUCUGGUGGAGUCUGUAACCCAGGCUCCAACGGCUCAAGAAGCAGGAGAAGGGCCUCCGGGCACUUUGGAACUUAGCGGUGCCCAUUCUGGAGUACCAGACAUGUCUGGAGACCAUUCUGGAUCUGUGGACCUAAGCGGGCUUCAAUCUGGGCUGGCAGAGCCCAGUGGCGAGCCAGCAAGUACUCCAUAUUUUAGUGGGGACUUUUCUGUCACCACCGAUAUAAGUGGGGACUCCUCUGCAGCCACGAGCACCAGUGGGGAGGCCUCGGGACUUCCAGAAGUUACUUUAAUCGCUUCUGAGUUCGUGGAGGGUGUUACUGAACCAACCGUUUCUCAGGAACUUGGCCAGAGACCCCCUGUAACCCACACGCCCCAGCUUUUUGAGUCCAGUGGAGAAGCCUCUGCAUCUGGGGAUGUGCCCAGGUUCCCCGGGUCUGGGGUAGAGGCACCACCAAUCCCAGAAUCUAGCAGGGAGUCAUCGGCCUAUCCUGAGGCUGAGACAGGAGCAUCUGCUGCCCCUGAGGCCAGUGGAGGAGCCUCUGGGUCCCCCGAUCUGACUGAAGCCACCUCUGCCUUCCAUGAAGCUGACCUGGAGGGAACCUCAGGCCUGGGAGUGAGCGUCAGCACCUCAGCCUUUCAGGAAGGCACCAGGGAGGUCUCAGCUGCCCCAGAAGUGAGCAGAGAGUCGACCACCACCUAUGAUGUGGGCCCAGAGGCAUCAGGCUUGCCUUUGGCCACUCCCGUGUCUUCCGGAGACAGAACUGAGGUCAGCGGAGACCUGUCUGGCCACACAUCGGGGUUGGAGGUUGCCAUCAGCACCGCCAUCCCAGAAUACGCGUGGACCCAGCAGACCCAGCGCCCUGCAGAGGCCCCUCUCGAAAUUGAGUCCUCAAGCCCUGUGCACUCAGGAGAAGAGAUGCCAACAGCCAAACCCGCCACCUCCCAAACAGAGGCUUCCAUCCCAACCCCUCCAGGACAGACAGAUGAAUCAGAGGCAACCACGGCAGACUUUGACGAGUGCCUCUCAAGCCCUUGUCUGAAUGGAGCCACCUGCGUGGAUGCCAUCGACUCUUUCACAUGCUUAUGCCUUCCCAGCUACCAAGGGGACCUGUGUGAGAUCGACCAGAAGCUGUGUGAGAACGGCUGGACCAAAUUCCAGGGCCACUGUUACCGCCACUUCCCUGACCGGGCGACCUGGGUGGAUGCAGAGAGCCAGUGCCGGAAGCAGCAGUCACACCUGAGCAGCAUCGUCACCCCCGAGGAGCAGGAGUUUGUCAACAACAACGCUCAGGACUACCAGUGGAUUGGCUUGAACGACAAGACCAUCGAAGGGGACUUCCGCUGGUCAGAUGGACACUCCUUGCAAUUUGAGAACUGGCGCCCCAACCAGCCUGACAACUUCUUCGCCACUGGAGAGGACUGCGUGGUGAUGAUCUGGCACGAGAAGGGCGAGUGGAAUGACGUGCCCUGCAAUUACCAGCUGCCCUUCACGUGUAAAAAGGGCACAGUGGCCUGCGGAGAGCCCCCCGUGGUGGAGCACGCCAGGAUCUUCGGGCAGAAGAAGGACCGGUACGAGAUCAAUUCCCUGGUGCGGUACCAGUGCACCGAGGGCUUUGUCCAGCGCCACGUGCCCACCAUCCGGUGCCAGCCCAGCGGGCACUGGGAGGAGCCUCGGAUCACCUGCACAGACCCCGCCACCUACAAGCGCAGACUACAGAAGCGGAGCUCACGGUCCCUGCGGAGGAGCCGCCCCAGCACGGGCCCCUGAGAGGGGCUUCCAGGACGUGCCCAGGAUGCUGAGCCCAGGAGCCUUGCCAGGCUGACAUCCCACACGGAUGGUGUCCGCUCCUUGUCGCUUUCUGUCAUAUAAGGAAUUCCAUUAAAGAAGGAAAAAAAAAAAAUCCCACAUUGUGUAUGCACCCACCCACCCCCUCAAUCGCCAAAACUGCAUCUAAUUUUCCCCUCAAACGCCAAAGCAAAUGCAGAUGUAUUGUAACCCGUGGACUGAGUUUAGAGACAUUUCUUCAAUCUCCCGUUGUGCCUUUCCAGGGACCAGCGCAGGGACAGGGGGAGAAGGGGAGGGGUUAAGUUAAAUAAAGAAGAUUAUUUUUUGUUUCCUGACUUUAUCCAAGAGCAGUGCAAUCGUUGCUUCUUUCAACUCCAGGGAGAGGAGGGAGGGGGGUGCAGAGGCCCAGGGGUGUGAAGGAUUGGGAACCGCAGCUGAAUGUAUUGGAGAGAUGGAGUCGGAGGGUCUGCUGUCUGUGUCCGGGGAGAAGCCACGGCAGAGGGGGGCGGGUUCCGGCCGCCAGAGGGAGCCACCGAGGGCUCGUCUGCUGCGUGGGGGUCAGGGUCCCUCCGAGGGUCCCACUUCCGGCGUCCUCUCACCUGGGUCUGCCACCCCAGCAGGUGUCGCUCUCAGCAGGGCUGGGUGGGGGGCACUUCCUUCCCGGUGGGAGUGCGACCCACCCCUCCCCCCUCCCUCCCCCACCCCCGGGACCGUGCAGGCACCAGGGUUCCGUGCAUCUAUUUAUAUUUUUGAAAACUAAAGAUUAUGAUUAUAAUAAUAAUAAAGACAUUGGAAGAGAUCUACUUUUCUUUUCCCUUCUUUUUGUAAAUUUAAUGAAAAGGUAGCCAUGGUCCAGGGGCUCUUGGACAUCUUAGCCAUGAAGGAGCUCUUAGGAAUGGGGGCAGUGGGGACACACUUUGAUCAAAUGACCCCAAAUUCGUGCAAAUCUGGCCUGAUCAGAAAGCUUGGGAAGCCACACCUGCAGUGCUUUAUUUUUAUGAGGGUGGCCAUUUGUAUGAUAGAUUCUAUGUAUGUGUGUAUUAAUAUAUACACACACGCAGAGUGUGUGUAAUAUAUACACACACUACACACACACAGAGUGACAACCAACAGGCAUUGCGUGUGCAUUUGCCAGUUGGCAGGCUUCAAAGAACAACUUGAAUGAGGCAUCUGGUCACUUUUCGUAGCUUGGUCCUCUGAUUGACACUGUUUGUUCACAUAGGAGGAGUCCAUUGGUAGAGUGAGUCCAAGAAGAGAGGGAAAAAAUCAGGAUUUAUAAGAGGGAAGGAAAAAAACUGCAGACAGCUUGGGAAUAGUGAAUCCUGCUGACACAUUUUUAGGUAAAUUGGUCAGCUGGCCCCUACAAAAAUCUGGGCAUCCCGCCCUUAAGUAGGCUGUGGGAUGUCAACAAAAAAGACUUCAAUGGUUUAUGGAUUUCCCCAGAAGACCUUAGAGGAGCUGGAGCAUGCGUGCCAGGCAGCCAGUUCCCCCCAGGAUGCCAGGUCAGCAACGUUUCUCAUCACACUUGCUCAGGGGGCUGUUGAGCCUGUUGGUGAAGGGGUGUGGGUGUUGGUUAAUGCGUGCCAGUUUGAGUCCGUGAGAUUACCUGGAUCCACAAAA